AUGGCGAGCGGUGCCCUGCCCAGCAGCGCCGAUGCCCGGGCUGGGUGGCGGCAGCCGCCGGCUGCUACUCUGGAUCUUCUCCAGCUGUGUUGCAAACAUUCCUCCCGGCCCGCGUGUCCCCCGCCCACUCCAGGGGACGCCGCGGCAGCCAGCAGCUCAGCCCAUCAGUCAGCACCCCCUCCCCGUGCCACGCUUGGGGCUUAUGCAACGGACAAGCUCUGUGCGGUGCACAGGCGUUCAGCGCUAGCCUCCGGAGCGGCUGGCACAGAGCGAGGGAGCAGCUUUCAACUGUGUCACACUCACAUCAGAAAGCCAGCUCCCGCUUUCAGCAUUGCCUUGGCACUUUCGGGUGAGGAACAGCAAAAUCCGUUUGUCGGGACGAUCGUGGCAGCCGGCGCCUGGACGCUUAGUCCAAGCGAUCCUCCACAAGACAGAAAGGCACAAAGCAGCAGCGCAGUCUACGCCAUUGAACUUGUUGGUUCCCACUCUGUUCGGGUAGGGGUCUUUGGAUCCAGCUUCUGGAAUCAGACGUCUCAGGUGCGAGCAGCUUGGCCGACGGAACCCAUCUCUGCUGCCUGUCACACUCUGGAGCCUGGUGAUUGGGUCUACCUGCGGCACCACCUUCGGAAGCAUGCCUUGGAACCCCAGUGGAAGGGUCCAUACCAGGUACUGCUCACCACCCAGACAGCAGUGAAAUUAUCCGGCAUCGCUGCAUGGAUCCACGCCUCACAGUGUAAGCCAGCGCCACCUCAAGGGGACCAAGCACCUCUGCAAGACCACGCAGAACCAGCUUCAACCCCAGAAGACAGAGGAACAGCCUGCAAUACCUUACAAUCUGCACUCUCGUAAGGGUUGCCAGAAGCAGAGGGUAAGCAGACAGCAGGACCCAAAAAACAAGAAGCAGUAGUGAGCCUAGCGCCUGCUGCCUGGUGGACGUAAAACCGUGACUGCGGUUCCCUCGAAAGGGGUUGUCGGAACCAGAAAGGGUCCUGCUUCCAACAUGUGUCCUAUGAGAAGCUUAAUCCUCAGCUACUGUGUCCUGAGGGUCUGGGGAAUCCAGAGUGACAGUGACAAUUCUUUCAUCCAACAACAGGUGCAGAUAGCCCAGAUCCUGAAUAUUUCUAAUUGCUGGGUCUGCAGCCACAUCCCAGCUCACUCACAAGCUAGUAUCCCCACUAUGGCAAUCCCUUUGAAUUCCUCAGAGCUUGCUGGAGAACCCUAUCCGCUUAAAAGGACAUGGAAGGAGAAUGACACUUGGGGGCUGGGAAAAACAUAUGUUCCUAAACUUAUAAGUGUGGUGAAAGGAAAGGGCCACUGGUGCUGGGUGUAUAAUGGGACAGGGCUGAAUCUAGGGAGGAGCAGCUGUCUCCACUACAUCGUGUCCCAUGGUGUAUGGGACUAUUCAAACAAGGUUGGAGAAUGGCGAACCGGGUAUGGAAAGAUAAGCUUCCUCUCAACCUGGGACCAAACCAAAGAUUCAAUCUCUUGCUCCCCCUACAGCCUCCCUGAGAAAAAACAGCACCAUCUACAAAUGUCAUGUGAAUGCUACCUCUUCUCCCAGUGAAAGUCAUCCUGUGCCCUUUGGGGGAUACUAUUCCUCCUUCGUAAAUUCUUACAUGUCAAAGGGUUGCAGUCAACCCUUCCCAGCUUUAAUGGACAUCAUUGGGUUUGUGGGGAAAAUGCUUACACUGUGUUACCAGCAAAUUGGUCAGGUAUCUGUUAUCCUGCUCAGCUUUUCCCACAAUUCCAGGUGCUUCAAUCCCUCCCACGAAAUCGCCUCCGUAAUUUCAGGCGAAAAAGGAGGGACUUGCCAGAUGCUAAAUGGUAUGUGGAUAACAUAAGCCCCCUAACUUGGGAAGAAGCUGUUGGCAUUUCUUUAGUCCCAGUAGGGGGGGUAAUCCACCACGCAAAAGGCUUUUAAGGUUACAAGCGGUGGUUGAGAUCAUGGCCAAUGAAACAGGAGAGAGCUUAAAAGCUCUAGCCAAAGAAGCAGGAGCGGUCCGACAAGUGGCCCUCCAAAACCGUUGGGCAUUAGAUAUAAUACUGGCAGCCAAAGGAGGGACCUGUCCUCUAAUUGGAGCAGAAUGCUGUGUAUACAUACGAUUUAUUACCUCAUUAGUAUUAUCAGGUAAUAAAUCGUGCUAGCUAUCUGGAGCAAAUUGCAUACCUUCCCCACGAAGAACCAAGUUCCUUGUGGAAAAAGAUAAGUAACUUAUUCAAUUUCUCUAGUCUGGGAAACUGGUUGUUUCAAGGAAUCCUGACUAUCCUAUUUGGAAUUCUAAUAAUCUUUAUGUGUUUUCAAUUGAUUUCUUGUUGUAUCCAAAACUGCACAAGAGACACCAUCCAUCAGGUUACCCCUAACCAGAGUGCUAAUCUAAUGUUGUUAAAUGUCACCAGUGAAAGUAAUGAAAAAGAACGAUUGAUGCAUGGAAUCCAGUAAGUCAUUGGUCAUGGGCGUAGCCUUGACCAAAAGGGGGGGAUUGUGGAAGUAUACCAUUGUAUAAGGGGACAUGCUGGAUACAUUGUAUAUGAGAGGGCAUGCCAAAACAUGUUACAAGGUAUCUGAGGGAGCACAUGUAGGGACAGUUAGCUUUUGAAUGGAGAAGCAAUUAAGAUAGAGCCAGCACGUCUAAGAAGCAGGUAUCAGAAUGGAAGGUGUGAAGGGCAAUUAGUUAAGUUAACUGGAAGCUGUUAAAGGAGAUUGUUAAGAUAUGUGACUGGUCUCAGGGAUCUCGAAGGGUGGUGACAAAUUUUUCUUUUUUGUCUGUAACUUUUCUCCAAAAAACUGUGUAAAUUAAGAGACAAGCCCCACUCGGGGGGCUCACUUCUAAAUGUAUUAGAGCAGCUUUGCUAAUAAAACAGAGUGGUCUGAUAAAUUGUGAGUCUGAGUCAAACUUUGACAAUUGAAGCACAGAAAGAGGUAUAGGGCAUCUGUCUUAAGGAGAAAUAGCUUGAUUAGUUAUCUCUUGGUGGUGUCCACUACCUUUCUCCUGCUAGUUUCAAAUCUGUUCAGUGAAAGGAUUCUUCUGCUUUUCUGGCUUCCCUUCUUCUUUGGGGGAGUUAAGAGUUCAAGGAAGGAGAUGAAGAUCUGGAGAGCUUUAGGCCAGGUGGAUGGGAUGGUGGUGAGACUGCAGCUUUGGCCCUUCUCACCCAACAUAUAACUGGAGAAGUGCAAGGAAACAUCACUAUGAAAGGACAGAUCUUCUACUUAGGAGGGAGUCAGAAAGGAUGCCACAUUGCUCACCGAGUGACUCAAUUAUCCACCAAAGAGCAUAGGAUGCAACACCGGAGCGUUUACCUCUUUAGAAGCAGCUUGGUCCAAUGGGAUUUUUGGCCAUACACCUUAAAGAAUAAUUGAUGGGCAAGUACAUCCUGGUUUGCUAAAGUCACAAGAGCAGAAUGGGCUGAGUGGUCUUAUCAGAUGUCUCCAGAGGAGAUUAAGCUGAUGUGUGGGGAAGCAGAGCUUCCCCACAAGCCCUCCAGACUCCGAUUCCCCUACCCAUUGGAAAGCAAGGGUCUGUGGGCUGGGAGUAAUCAUAGCACAGCUCCUCUUAG